UCUGUCGUCUCAGUGUCCAGUUUCUCUGUCCUCAAUGUGUCCUGCACAGAUCAUGUGGUGGACACAUGUGACGAGGACGUCCAUAAGAUUAGUGCAGGUGGAGAGAAUCAAACACAUUUAUUCAAAAAGACUCGAGAGCAAGUUUCUACAACAGGACUCAAGACUGACUCCAGGUCAGCAGAGGGGACAUGUGACUCAUCUGCAGGAUCUGUUAUUCUUUCUGGAUCCUGGCUGGAUCCUCCAGAGUCUGGAUCCUCUCUGGCUCCGGAUUCUCUCUUGGUCUGGAUUAUCUCUGGCUCUGGAUUCUCUCUGGCUCUGGAUCCUCUCUGGCUCUGGAUCAUCUCUGUCUGGAUCCUCUCUGGCUCUGGAUCCUCUCUCUGGGUCUGAAUUCCCUCUGGCUCUGGAUCCUCUCUGUCUGGAUCCUCUCUGGCUCUGGAUCCUCUCUCUGGGUCUGAAUUCCCUCUGGCUCUGGAUCCUCUCUGGCUCUGGAUCCUCUCUCCGUCUGGAUCCUCUCUGGCUCUGGAUCCUCUCUGGCUCUGGAUCCUCUCUCAGGGUCUGAAUUCCCUCUGGCUCUGGAUCCUCUCUGUCUGGAUCCUCUCUGGCUCUGGAUCCUCUCUCUGGGUCUGAAUUCCCUCUGGCUCUGGAUCCUCUCUGUCUUGAUCUUCUCUGUUUCUGGAUCCUCUCUCAGGGUCUGAAUUCCCUCUGGCUCUGGAUCCUCUCUGGCUCUGGAUCCUCUCUGGCUCUGGAUCCUCUCUCCGACUGGAUCCUCUCUGGCUCUGGAUCCUCUCUGGCUCUGGAUCCUCUCUCCGUCUGGAUCCUCUCUCCGUCUGGAUCCUCUCUGUCUGGAUCCUCUCUGGCUCUAGAUCCUCUCUCCGUCUGGAUCCUCUCUGGCUCUGGAUCCUCUCUGGCUCUGGAUCCUCUCUCCGUCUGGAUCCUCUCUCUGUCUGGAUCCUCUCUGGCUCUGGAUCCUCUCUGGCUCUGGAUCCUCUCUGGCUCUAGAUCCUCUCUCCGUCUGGAUCCUCUCUGGCUCUGGAUCCUCUCUGGCUCUAGAUCCUCUCUGGACCAGGUCUGGUUGUGACUCGGACUGCAGCGGUCAGUGAUGGCAGGAUCUGGAGUCGCUGUGAGGCUGCAUGAGUUCAGAGAGUCUGGAGACGCACACGGAUCAAACCAGUUCAAACCCCAGACAUCGCGUCAGGGCAGAGACGCUCGGGGGUUAUAUCCAGGGCAGCUGGGCCGAGUCCACACCGUCCACGCAAAGGACUGUGGGUAUCGUCUUCACACUGGAAAGUCUCGUGACAAGUCUCCAAACCAUCAGCACCAGCAGAGUUUUGACAUCCAGACCCUCAGACCACUGACUGUCCUCAGUCCAGCUGUCCCCAAACAGCGCCCCCUUCAGACGACCUACCAGGAGGACUUCGGUCCUCAGUCCCUCUCUCUCCUCACUGACGCUCAACACCACUCCCACAAUAGUUUCAGGUGAAGAUGAAGUGCAACAUGGCAUCUGUCUGCUUCUGACCUCCUUCCAGAGGAAGAAUCAUUUUACAUAAACGAAUCACAAGCUCAAGAGACCAGAAGACAUCACCUGUCAGGACUCGAUGGACCCUGUAGAUAACAGCGCCAACUUGGGGCGAAAUGACGCUACUGCAGAACAUGAAUGUCACAAAGACAAGAUGUGGACUGUGGUCUCUUCUUUCACCUCCAUGGAGAAACAUCACGAGGUGAAGGAAAGGAGACUCUGAGAUCCUGUUGGAACAGAAAGACGUCAAUACACAAAUAAAGUUAUUGUUAUUGUUGCUGCUGCAAGGAAUUGUGGGACGAUCUUAUUUCCUUAAACAAAGGAAGGUUCAGAGGAUCCUAAGUUAGAGGAGAUCAGGAGGGAAGCACUGGAAACCUUUUCUUCACCUUCAGAGAAUUUCAUCAGCUUUUUAGUUUCUGGUUUUUGAACAAGUGAACAGGUCGUUCCUGUAACAGCUGCAAAACCUGUUUCCGUGUCACACAUGUGCAUAGCGUGUGGUUAGGAUGGGACUGAAGGGGAAACACACGGGUCCACAGGUCUGAGCUCUGACUGGUUCAUCUCCAGCUGGAAAGACUUUCUGCUGAACAGGCGUCCUGUCCCUCCUCAGGACGUUGUGUUAACGAUUUACUGUCAAAUACAAGUUAUCAUGAAUCCUUCACAUUCAGCUAUUUGACAAGUUAGGAAUUUAAAACAUGAAUAAACACAACUUUAAAAAAGGGAGGAGCUGAUAUACGAUUCUUCAGCAGGUGGAACCAGAGGAACCAGAUUCCUUCUGCUGUUAUCUGUCUCGUGAACGACUUUCACACUUUUACUUUUGUAAAGUUAUUAUAAGUAUAUGAGUGUUGAGUGUGGCGUUAGUGGCUCAGGGGGCAGAACAAGAAUCCUGACACACAAAUUGCUAACGCUUCAGCUUCACCUGCAGCUGGUUGAGACAGUUUGUGACUCUCAGUCAGUUCUUCUCACAGGAGAUGGAAUUGAUUGAUUCAUAUUUCAAUAGUUGGAAUAUCCCUUCCACUGAAGUAUUGCAUGUUACUUACUCUUGCUGCUGUACGACUGUGGGACUAUUAAAGGAUUAUCGUAACUUAUCUUAUCUUCUUAAUGGAUGCAGUGUUUUAAUCAUGGGUUUGCUCAACAGAUUUUGUCGAUGUAUAAACUGUAUAUGUAUCUGUCAUAGGUAGAUAUUAUAUGACAAGUCAUUUUAUUUAUUCCAUUUUAC